AUGCAGCUGACGAACGAGGAAGAGGCGGUACCGCGGCGUCCCAUCGACUCGCUGACACCGGCCGAGUUCCGUCGCCUCUACCUCGUUCCCAACCGUCCGGUGGUUCUCACAGGCGCGACCGUCGGCUGGCGCGCCGCCUCUGACUGGGUUACAGCUGACGGCGAGCCCGACUUGCCGGCGCUGGCGCGCCUGUUUGGCCAAGAUGUCGUGCCGGUCGCUGACUGCUCGCGCAAUGGGCGGCUUGGUGGCAGGGCCGCGGCCGCAUGCCGCGAUAUGCGGGUCGCGGAAUACGCAGCUUGGUGGCAGGGCAGUGGCCGGGCGAGCGGGGAAUGCCUCUACCUCAAGGAUUGGACCUUUGCUGCCAAGCAUCCGGAGUACCGCGCCUAUCACACUCCGGCUCCGCUCGCGGACGACUGGCUCAACGAGCACUGGGCGGCGAGGCGCGGCGAGGCGGAGGAGGUCGGCGAUCACCGGUUCGUUUACCUCGGGCCCGCCGGCUCGACGACACCGCUGCACGCCGACGUCCUGUUCUCCUACUCGUGGUCUGCCAAUCUCUGCGGCGUCAAGCACUGGCAGCCGUGCGCCAGCAUGGACCGCUCAGUCAGAGCGAGGGGGCGUAUAACCUCGCGCCACUCCCUGCAUAGGCUGCUAGUGCCCGCCUCGCAGCGCGCCCUCGUCUCUGACUCUGCCUCCGACCCGCUGCACGGCGGGCUCCGCGCCCUCUCCGCCGCCGGGGGAGCACCUCUCGAGGUGACGCAGCGAGCGGGCGAGAACGACUCCCGCGCAGGAGAGCUGCUCUUUGUCCCUUCGGGUUGGUACCACGAGGUGACCAACCUGACGCCCGUCCUCUCGGUGAACCACAACUGGCUCAACGGCGCCAACGCCACUUGGGCGCUCCGCCGCUGCUCCGCCUAUCUCGCCGCCAUUCGCGCCGGACUCAAUCCCGAGGACGCCGCCGACGCCACGCUGUGCAUGCAGCUGCUCCGACGCCGGGCGGGGCGCCGCUGA